AUGCUGCAGCAUCGUAUGCAUCACAACCCCUUCAGCUCACCGCCAUCUUCCACCGGCUCCCACGACACGGUCAGCACCACCACCGAGGAACUCUCCCAGAACUUGUCCAACUUCUCCUUCAGCCCCGACGGCGAGGGCACGCGCGUGUUCGGCGAGGACCUCCAGCAGCCGUCCAACAGGCGCGCUGCCCGUUCCGGCCGUUUCGGCUCCAAGCAGAUGCACGAGACAAUUCUCAACACGUCGGCAAUUGCUCGCACUUUCCCCGAAUGGAGUGGCCUUGUGGCCAGGGACAACGCGACAGUCACGCAGACCAUCGACAUGGCUGCCCCAUUCAAGCCCGUUUCUGCCUCCCCGGGUGGGAAGGAGAACAUGCCCCCGACCCAGGAACGCGCCGAGGAGAAUACGUUCGAGAUUAUGGCCGACGCGAAGAGGAAGCGAUCUCGCGCCGACUUGCAAGCUCGCGUUGAGAAUGAGUCGGACUGCUCCACCGUCCUCUCUCUGUCGCCUGCCAGGCCCGUGUCGGGCGCCCGCCGCUCUCGCUUCGCCGUCGCCCAGCCGGAUGCCACGCCAUCCCCGGACGUGCCCAAGCGCUCUCUUCAGGACGUCGCCUCCAAGAUCCGUACCGAGAAGAAAACGGCCGAGGGCGGCACAACCCCAAGCCGCCCUUCUGCGCUUCAGCCGAGUCACGAAACGCCAGCGCACAAUCCUGCGCCCGACAGCAGCAUGGUCACCCCGACCAGCCGCUCCUUCUUCCUGCCCUCCUUCCGACAUCUUCCUGACUGGACGUCCGGCACUCUCAAGUUUAGCACUAUGAAGAACGGCGUUCCCGUCUUUGUCAGGUCGGGCAAGUCUGGCGUCCGUCUCGACCAGUACGGAAAGGAGCACGCCGACGUCCAUGCAGUCGGCAUCCCCAAAGAGGACGAGGAAAUUUUUGUCUCGAUGGAUAAGCUCCAGGAGGAAGUCCGCGAACUCCACGAUCACGACGCGAUGCUUCAGCGUGAAGCAGAGAGGCUGCAGCGCGAAGUCUAUCAGCUCCAAGCUGAGCUUAAGAGGCUCAAGAGCCAGAAGCUCUCGGAUAGCGCCAUUGGUUCAGAAUCUGAGGCCUCGUUCAGGCGCAGUGGCGGGCAUGACCAGAACCUAGAGCACGAAAUCGCCGAGCUUCGGGAACGCCUGGACCAGGCUAGCAGGCAGGUCGGCGUCCAUGACAUCCACAGCGCCGCUCUCGCCGCCGAGCGCGACGAAGCGUUGCACCAGGCGUCGGUGGCUCGCGAACGGGCCACUAAGCUCCAGGCAGAGCUUGAGGCGACGCAGAAGGACCUCGAAUCCUCGCUCAACUUGCUGCGCGAGCGGGAGACCCUGCAGCUCGAGAAUGACAAGCUGCGUCGCGAACUCAGCGGGGUACAAAAGGAUCUCCGUGCUACCCGCGAGGAGCUUGACUCAGUUCGCAAGCAGUUUGAGGCUGCUCAGGAGGAGAAGCGCCAGCUCGCCCAGGAUCAUGCCAGCAUGGAGCGCAACAACGAGAGCUAUUUCAAGGAGAACAAGAAGCUCCAGGCGCAGGUUGCCGCACGGGACCAGCAUAUUGCCGAUCUCAAGAAAGGCAUCAGCUCGCGCGACAAGAUGCUCGAAAACAUCCAGGGCCUGACGACAGACACGGCCGCGCUCGAGUUAAACGCCGAGCUCCAAGCCGAAAUCGAGCGGCUGCAAAAACGAGUGGAGCAGCAGAGAGCAGAGUUGCACCAGAAGGAUGGCGAUAUCAGCGCGAAGGAAGGUCGCAUCCGCUCGCUCAAGGAGCAGAAUCUCGACCUCUCCAUAGACAAUGAGCGACUGCGGGAGGAGAACCAGCGCCUUCGUACGGAGCACGAGGAAAUAAGGAGCCAGUGGGUCGAAGAAAGGCAUAAGGUGGUUCGCUUGAACCAGCUCCUCGGCAGGAACACGGUGGCCGAAACGGCAGAUGAUUGCGUCCGCUUGGACGACGACUUUAAACAGAGGGAGGCAGCUCUUCGACAGAAGCUUGAGCGUCGGGAGGCAGCCGUUAAGAAGGUCAAGCAGCUUUCGAGCAAGAUCAGCAAGAUCGCAGAGCAGGAGUUCAUUGGCAAGACGGUCAAAGUCACCCGCAUCGUCGAGCCAACGGGCAUGCAGAACGUCACCGAAGAGACGACGGGAAAGAGCAGCGCCGUCAAUGUCGACGAGGAUCCGACUCGGGAGCUGCACCUAAGCGACGAUUCCGAGUUUGCCAGCGUCAUGGAGGGUGAGAUCGCCAAGCUGAGACAAACCUAUGAGGCGCUUCGAAGCCGGGCACUGCAGGGCAACGAUAUGACGGAUAAUUCACUGCCUUCGCUCCCUCCAACGCUUCAACGGAGCAAAUCUGACAGCGGCGUUCCAGCUGCCAAGGCUACCCAGUCCAAGGCCCAGCUGCCCGGGAUCCUGAAAAAGCCGAGUCAGCCUGCAUUCGAGGACGACACGGGCCGCUUUAGCGUCAAGUCUGCGCUGAGCAUCGUGAGCCAUCACUCUGACGAUGAAGUUCUCGAUACGGUUCACAGUCGCAAGUCGUCGAUGAGCACCGCCCAACCGGAGCUUCCCCGGCCACGCUCGCGCAUGCGCCGUGAUUCCGAGGCCGACCGCGACGCGACAGAGCCGAACAUGACCUCUGCUUUCUUCAUGCCCGACAUAACACUCGAGGGCAACAAGCAAGGCACCGCCAAGGACCUCCCGCAGCAGGCACUCCCGACCCUGAGCAAAGACGCCCGCCGUGUUCUAGACGGCAUUUGCCAGCACAACUCCAUCAACUGCAACGUCUGUGUGCGCAUCGCCACCCACGGCGAGAGGAUCGCGGCCAAUUCCACCGUCACUUCCACCAAGAAGAUCCUGAUCACCGAGGAGGACGUUCGGCGCGGCAAGAAGACCGUCUCAGCCGAGAAGCCCAUCCCGGUGUCGGACCGCGCUCCGGAGCAGCCAGCCGCCUCCGCACACCAACAACAACACGCCAACUCGGACGAGCCCACCGUCCGCCCGUCCAUGCCGCCCGGCGAGGCCCUCGCCGUCCUGAUCAAGGAGACCCAAGACGAGAUCGACCACCUCCAGAUGGAGCUCAAGCGGCUGAACGAAGUCUACUGCGGCCUGGACAAGUCGCAGGGCAUGCGCGAGCGCCGGCGCGUCAUGGCCGACAUCAAGCGCCUGCUGGGCGAGCUCGAGGCCAAGAGCGGCCACCUGUACCGCCUGCACGACGUGCUCGAGGGCCAGAAGCAGGCCGGCCAGCUGAUGCAGGACGGCCAGGUCGAUGUCACCGUCCUGAGUGGGUUGGUGCGGGCUGAGGUGGCUGGGGAGAGCAGAGCGGUGGCGGAGGAGUGGAAUGGGUUUGACUGA